AUGGCCAAUAUCACUGCAAUAACUGGAUUCAUUCUUAUGGGGAUCUCUGACGUCCCGGAGCUACAGACUGCAUGUGGAGUGUUCUUCCUAGUGAUGUACAUGGCAGCCCUGAUUAGUAACCUGAUCAUCAUCAUUCUUACUACCCUUGACCUGCAGCUUCAAACACCCAUGUACUUCUUCCUGAAGAAUCUGUCCCUGAUGGAUGUCUUCUUUGUCUCAGUUACCAUUCCAAAUUUUGUUGUAAAUAGUCUAACACACAACAAUUUCAUUUCCAUUCUUGGUUGUACGGUUCAGGUAUUUUUAUUGAGUUCCUUCACAGGAGGGGAUGUAUUUAUCUUGACUGCCAUGUCCUAUGACCGCUAUGUUGCCAUUUGCAGUCCCCUGCACUAUGACACCAUCAUGAAUGGUAUUACCUGUUUGCUGAUGGUGGGUGUUUCCUGGGCUACUGGAGUACUCUUUGGAGCCAUAUACACAGUUGGAACAUUUUCCAUGUCUUUCUGUGGCUCCAAUGUGAUCCCACAGUUUUUCUGUGAUGUUCCCUCAUUACUAAGCAUUUCAUGCUCCAAAAUGGUUUUAGCCAUUUAUACAAGCGUUGGAAUUGGUGUAUGUCUAGGUAUGUUUUGCUUUAUAUGUGUUGUGGUGUCUUAUUUUUACAUAUUCUCCAGUGUGCUGAAGAUUCCUACCGCUAAAGGGCAGUCCAAAGCAUUUGCCACGUGCAUCCCGCACCUUACGGUUUUCACUAUUUUUAUUGCUACUGCUUGCUUUGUAUUUCUGAAAGCUCCCGCAGAAGAACCUUCAAUCACAGACAGGCUUUUUUCUGUGAUCUACACUGUGUUAUCUCCAGCAAUAAAUCCUUUGAUCUACAGUCUGAGAAACAAUGAUGUCAAGUGUGCUCUGAGGAGGUUACAGCAAAAUCUUUACCCAAAGGGUUCACUUCAUUUAACACUUCAAAGUAUCUGUCAGUGGUAA